UGUAGGGACUGAUGAUGGAGACAGAAAAUAGGACAGUUGUCACAGAAUUCAUCCUCAUAGGACUGACUCAGUCAUAUGACAUUCAACUCUUGAUCUUUGUUCUGAGCUUAAUUUUCUACAUCAUCAUCUUACCUGGAAAUAUCCUCAUCAUCCUGACCAUCAGGUCAGACCCUGGACUCAAUGCCCCACUUUAUUUCUUCCUGGGAAAUUUGGCCUUCCUGGAUGCCUCCUAUUCUUUCAUUGUGACUCCCAGGAUGUUGGUGGACAUCUUCUCUGAGAAGAAGAUAAUCUCCUAUAGAGCCUGCAUCACUCAGCUAUUUUUCUUGCAUUUCCUUGGAGGAGGGGAAGGGUUACUUCUGGUCGUGAUGGCCUUUGACCGCUACAUUGCCAUCUGCAGGCCUUUACACUAUUCCACUGUCAUGAGCCCUAGAGCCUGCUAUGGGAUGUUGUUGGCUCUGUGGUUUGGAGGCUUUGUUCACUCCAUUGUUCAGGUUGUCCUCAUCCUUCGCUUGCCCUUCUGUGGGCCAAACCAUCUGGAUAACUUCUUCUGUGAUGUCCCACAGGUCAUCAAGCUAGCCUGUACAGAUACUUUUGCUAUUGAGAUUCUAAUGGUCUUCAAUAGUGGCCUGCUUACUCUCUUGUGCUUUCUUGGGCUUCUGAUUUCCUAUGCAGUUAUUUUAUGCCACGUUCACAAGUCAGCUUCUGAAGGAAAGAACAAAGCUAUAUCCACGUGUACCACUCAUGUUAUAAUCAUAUUUCUUAUGUUUGGACCUGCAAUUUUCAUCUAUACACGUCCAUUCACAACCUUAUCAGCUGACAAAGUAGUUUCUUUCUUUCACACAGUAAUAUUCCCUUUGAUGAAUCCUGUGAUUUAUACCCUUCGAAACCAGGAAGUAAAAACUUCCAUGAAAAAGUUAAUCAUUCGGCAUGUAGUUUGUUAAUUGGUUUCUGAAUGAGUGUCAAGGUGAUAAUUUUGCACGUCAUUUAUUGUUAUAAAACAAAUGCUACUUUUCUGAGUAUCUUUCUUUUUU